CCCCCCCUGAUUUUUCCCUGGCUUUGGGCUGCUUCAGCUACAGUCCCCGAACUUUUUAUGCAGGUUGACCAGAAAUAUGUACAUCUAAUGAGCAAUUAUGCAAAACUGGGAUACUCCGCAAACUGAAACAGUCCAACAAGAACAAGAAAUGGUCUCACAGUUGGCCGUUAAAAAUAGCGUCCCCGCGCUCUUCAGAUGUUCUAUUUUAAACGUUUUACAACUGCUUCUUGUUAACGUUAUCUUAACAUUGCAAAAAACACUUCAAAUGCUGAAUCAAGCUCAGUUCAGCAAAUUAUGUAGACAUUCCAAAGCAGAUUUUGGAGUAGUGUAUUCUGUAAAGGUGCUUGUCAUAACCGCUUUCCAUAGUUCAAAUUCUGGUUUAAUCACAGAUGUAUUUUUUUCGGGGAGCACUGAUGAGUACAUUUUAAUUGCCGCUUCGAUUUCAGAAUUGGCCGCAAAAUUUGUAGAAUCACCAAGCACAUCACAAAAUUUGAAGAUCGAAGUGUAUAAAGCAGUUGGACUGCUUUUUGUGCUGUUUCCUUAUUAUGGUUAG